AUGGGUCGACCAAGCACAGGAUCGCUGCUCGUCGCCAACGUCGCCAUUGUCGCCGUCGUCGCAUGUUCGGGACCGUGCGACGCUGCACCGAGCGGCUUACAGGCGCGCGCUUCGCGUGCAAGACGAAUCUCCAAGGACAGGCUUAGAAGCGAGGCGGAGCAGGAGGAGGUGCGGCGAGAAUUUGCGCUGAUGCAGCGGGUUGGCGGAAGCGGAGCUGGGGAGACGCAGGGGGUGGCGCAUCCCGGGGUGGUGCAAUUGCGCGGAGUUUUCGAGGACGAGCAUUCAGUGCAUUUAGUCAUGGAUCUGUGCGAAGGCGGCGAACUGUUCGACGAAGUCGUGCGACGCGGGCGACUGAGUGAACGCGACGCUGCGAACGUGUUCGCACAGGUCGCAUCGGCCGUCGCACACUGCCACGCGCGAGGCGUCCUCCACCGCGAUCUCAAGCCGGAAAACAUCCUGCUCACGCGCGACCCCUCCGCACCGUUCUCCACCGCACCGCUAACCACAAAACUCGCGGAUUUCGGCCUUGCGGUUCCCCUGCAAUCAGGCAAUCGCGCAAUGGGCGUCGCGGGAUCGCCGUUCUACAUGGCUCCUGAGGUCCUCCUAGGCGAAUACGCGUUAGAAGCCGACGUGUGGUCUCUGGGCGUGAUUCUAUACAUCUUGCUCUGCGGGGCGCCGCCUUUCUGGGGCCCGACGGAUAAGGACGUGUUUGUGGAGGUGCUGAAAGGCGUGGUAGAUUUAAGUGGCGAGGAGUGGGCGGGAGUGUUGGAGGAGGCAAAGCGGCUUGUGCUGUGCCUGCUGCAGAGGAACCCCCAGCAGCGUCCCACUGCCGCGCAAAUCCUCUUUCAUCCUUGGAUCCUCCGGCAUUGCCACACCAGCGUGGCAGGUUUGAGGACAGGCUCGGAAGCAGGUCUGGGUUUCAGUGUAGGCUCGGAUCUGAGGGCAGGCGUGGAGGCAGCUUCUGCCAUGGUGGUGUGA